GAGUCCCUGAUUGGUCCCACCUGUCUCUUGUUCCCUGCUGGAUCCUACUUGGUCCUGCAUCGUGUGCCGACCUCACUUCCUGUUUGUCUCACCUGUGCUUUCUCUUUCAUUAAACACAUUUCUCCACUUCAUCCUGGGUUUGACCCACAAGAGUCAAACUCCAGUCGCUGCCUGCAGGUUUUAGAUGAGCCACAGCUGCUGCAGCAGAAGCUCAUCUAAACACUGCAGGACCUCCAGGACCUCCAGGACCUCCAGGACCUCCAGGACCUCCAGGACCUCCAGGACCUCCAGGACCUCCAGGACCUCCAGGACCUCCAGGACCUCCAGGACCUCCAGGACCUCCAGGACCUCCAGGACCCCAGGACCCCAGGACACCAGGACAUUGGGCCUCCCGGACCUCCAGGACCUCCAGGACACCAGGACCUCCAGGACCUCCAGGACACCAGGACAUUGGGCCUCCAGGACACCAGGACCUCCAGGACCCCGGACCUCCAGGAUCUCCAGGACCUCCAGGACCCCGGACCUCCAGGAUCUCCAGGACCUCCAGGACCCCGGACCUCCAGGCCUCCAGGACAUUGGGCCUCCAGGACCUCCAGGACCUGCAGGACCUCCAGGACCGCAGGCCUCCAGGACACCGGACCUCCAGGACCUCCAGGCCUCCAGGACACGGGCCUCCAGGACCUCCAGGACCUCCAGAACCUCCAGGACCGCAGGCCUCCAGGACAUUGGGCCUCCAGAUCUGGAGUUUGACCCCCUGGACUGACUUCUUGAAUCCUCAUCUUCACAAAACUGUUUCAUGACAACAUGAACAAAUAUGUGGAGCAUAAUUAAUGUCUCACAAACUCAACAAGUUUUCACAUAAAGUGCUGCGUCACUAAACUGGAGGAGUUUCUUCAAAGCUGAAUGAAAAAAUGCAGAAUAUUCAAAGUAUCAAUUUUCAUGCAAUGAAGUGAAUCACAUGUUUAGUUUAUUUGAUUUGUUAAGAUUAUGGUUUCAUCUUCUGCAAAGUAAUGUAAGGAAAUUAAUUUCCUUCGAAAUGGGUCUGAGAAACCUUUGGCCAAUGCGACGUCCAGAACCUGUUUCCAAGUUCUGGGUACAGAAUGAAUGAUUUCAAAUAGAAACAUAGAUUUUAUUUUGGGCGUUAAAAUCUUCGUUCUGAGGAUUUAACUGAGUUUUUGCAUAAAGUCUUCCAGCCUCUGCAGAGUUUGAUGAUCACUGAACUCAUCAUCAAAUCUUUUCAUUGCCCCUGAUUAACAUAAUUCAGUCGUUAUUUUAAUCCUUCUCCUGAAAAUAAAACUUCUCGUGUCUCCAGACU